GUUAUACAAACGUAUCAUUAACGUUAUUGUUUAAAGCUGCCUCAUAAUGAGUCCGCUAACGUUAGGCAUUCAUCAGUUGAAUUGGGUUGGUCUAAAGCAAAUCAGCUAGCUCGCUAUUGCUAGCUCACUGGAUGGUUCUGCUUUCAAAGACACCGGUCAUCAUAUAGAAAUGAGGUGAUGACACAUGCCAAAUAAAUAAGAAAUACUUGCCCAUAAAACGAAUUGUGUCGUUAGAUCACGAGACGGCAGGGGAACUGAAUACAAUCUAUGCAAUCUGCGUUAGCGCACGUCAUUCCUCAUUUCUACAUGUAAAUCCACUCUGUAAUAUUCAGUGUAGUUAAGAUGUCUAACUAAGUUUUAACGACUUCAGUUUUGUUGGGCGUAGCUGAAGGGCUAUGCUGGCUAUCUAAGUAGAUUAAGUUACCUGGCUUGGAAUCGAUGUUUACCGACUUGCUAGUACUAGCUAACGGUGCUAUCAAGUUGGAUGUGUUAACAUGAAGUUAGCGUUUUUGCUUUUCCAUUCACAAGAAGCUUAACCUGUGCUAAUUGUAUGUAACCAGUCGGAUAGCUGAUUAGCCAUCCAAGCAACUUUCAAGCUGUUGUCUUAGAUUUGUGAGAGCUUGCUAAAGAUUGAAAUGUCAGGUUUUGACAACUUCAACACGGAUUUUUACCAGUCCAGCUACAGCGUCGACGACCAAAAUAGCCAGGGAUAUGCCUAUGGAAACGCAGAUGACCCAUACAACAAGCAGUAUGGGCAGUAUGACUACUCCCAACCCAUGGGCUACGCCGGCCCGGGUGUGAUACCCCCUGCCCAGCAGCCCUACACUGGACAGAUCUUCCAGCCCACCCCCGCUUACACUCCUGCCAGCCCCCAGUCCAUGUACAGCAGUAGCUUUGAAGAUGAACCACCGUUGCUGGAAGAGCUUGGGAUCAACUUUGACCACAUCUGGCAGAAGACGCUGACAGUGCUGCACCCCAUGAAGGCAGCGGAUGGAAGCAUCAUGAAUGAGACGGACCUGGCUGGGCCCAUGGUGUUUUGCCUGGCAUUUGGAGCUACGUUGUUGCUGUCAGGGAAGAUCCAGUUUGGCUACGUGUACGGGAUCAGCGCUAUCGGCUGUCUGGGCAUGUACUGCCUGCUGAACCUCAUGGCCAUGACCGGCGUGUCUUUCGGCUGCGUCUCCAGCGUCCUGGGCUACUGCCUGCUUCCCAUGAUCCUCCUCUCCAGUUUCGGUGUCCUCUUCUCUUUACAAGGCUUGUUCGGCAUAGUCACCACGGCGCUCAUCAUCGGCUGGUGCAGCUUCUCCGCCUCCAAGAUCUUCAUCUCGGCCCUGGAGAUGGAGGGCCAGCAGCUGCUGGUGGCAUACCCCUGCGCCCUCCUCUACGGCGUCUUCGCCCUCAUCUCUGUCUUCUGAACUGUCGCCCCCUCCGUCCCCAGACCCCCCGCCCGCCCGCCCUCCAUCCCUCCCUCCUGCCUCCCUCCUGUGGCGCUCCGGUGGCGUAGCCCACAGAAGACCGAACACGCGCAAACCUCUUGCUAUGAAGGACCAGGGUGGGACAGGGUGGAUCUCCUCUACAUCUUGGACUGAAUUGCCUCUUCCCAUCCAACAACCCCCCCCCCCCCCCCCCCCCCUUUCUUUUUCUUUGCCUCCCACCACACCACACAUACCAAAUUCAUCACAUCACAUCUUUUUUUUUUUACACGGUUAUGCAGUCUAGAUGUUAUUUUUGUUUCUUUGUCCGUUUGCUGUGUGUGUGUUUGCGCGUGUGUGCGUGUGCGUGUGUGUGCGUGUGCGUGUGCAUAAGGCUAAGUGAGGUUAUAUGUGGUGAUAUCUGUGUAUGUCUGUAAAAGUGAAUGAUUUAGACUUUGAGGCCUUUAGAAAAAUGGUGUGUCCAGGUACCAUUUCUCUCUUUUUUUUUUUUUUUUUUUUAAAAAGAAAAUCCGGGGAGAACCUUGAAUGAAUCCCAUUAAACAAGGUUGUUGGGAUAAAGUCACAGAUUCUGGAUAUGUUUAAUGCAUGUAUUUAAUAAUAUGAGUGAUGAGAUGUGCUAGCAUUAACAUGUCAUCACACACACUCUCUCACACCCACACCACCUAGGUUUUCACCACCAGACAGUGAGUUUGCAUUCCAUUUCUUUGUUGUAGCCUUUGAGGUAAUGUUGACUGAUAAAUGUUUUAAUUGAAAUCACCUCACCCAUGUAGAGAUAUGUGCGUUAACACAAUCCAUACAAAGCAAGGAGCUCCCUGUAGGUCUUUGUGUAUGUUCUCACUAUUAAAUGAUGGUAGGACAGUGGACAUAGACACGUGUACACACACAUACGCGCACACACACACACGCCACAUGUCACAGCUGAGUCAACAUUCAAGCACCUUUGGUUUGUUUUAAACAGCUUCUCUACACUAGCACACCUUCUUCAUAUGUGAGCUGCCAUGUGUUUUUCAUGUGGAGUUAGUCCCUCUGGGCAUCUGUGUGUUUUGGAUGGACUCGGGUGCAUAUGGCUGGAGCACACUCUGUGUACCGGCGGCUAACGAAGCAUGAAAUGCAUGCGGGGCAUGUACAAUCCUCUGCGGAGGGCGUGGUCACUUGUGCAUCGUGAGUGGACUGGUGCAACCAAAGAGUUCACCCCUGUGAGUGUCUUUCAACCAUCCAUCCAUCCAUCCAUGCAUGCAGGAAAUUGAUUUUAGGGUAGAUUAUUUUUAGAGAAAACAAGACCGGGAAACGGAUCCAUGAAAAGUAGAUUAUCUCAUAAUAUUGGACGGGUUUAUCUUUUUUUUUUUCUUUUUUUUUUUUAUUUAAUAUAUAUAUUGGUUGAGGUGUUACCUCCAUGAUUCCAGCCCCCCUCAUAUGUUUCUAAUGCCUCAGGUUAACAUUCACAAGGUUCUGAUUACAUAUGUAAUCAUGUAUUCUCUGGGUUCCUGCAGCCUUAUUUACAUCCUGGCAUUUCACACCAGAUCUAAAUCCAGGGAAUAUCUGAAAGCCUGAAUCCUUCCCUCCAAACCCACCCCUCAAAACUCACACACGCAAGCAAGUAGGAUCAUCGCUAUGAUGUUGAAUUAUAUGUUAUGUUUCACUUGGCCAUUUCCUCUGUCAUACACAGAGGAUUUUUUUUUUAAUCAUAUGUAUAUAAUUUUUCGCCCCUCCUGUUUACUUACAUUGUGCUCAUUCCUCUUCAGAUGCAGAUUAAACCUAUGGACAGGGGUGCAAAAUGGGAGGCUUUCUAUUUUCUAGGACUCCCUCGUAUAAAGAAUGAAUAAUGCAUUAAAUGCUUGUGAAGAGCUUUUCUAUGCUAUGUAUCUGUUUAAGAUGAAAACAAGGGGGCCAUUUGUAUCUUCACCUUACAGAGCAGAGGUGACUGCUCUCCGAUGGCCAAGUGUUUGUAUACUGUAUAAUUUGUUUUGUACAUCCAAAAAAAGAGACAAGUUCAAACUUCACUGUUGUGUCUUGUGGAAUCAUUGGUGGAUUGGAUUUUGGGCGUCAUGCUUUUUAGUGGUUUCACUGGCCAUUUUAACAAAAUAAACUAUUGGUUCUAUAUAUUGAA